UGGGCCAGAAUCAUUUACACCAUCUCGACUAGGAAAGUUCCCGACUCCCUGCUUCGUGUUUCGAUUGUUUUCUUUCCUCCUUCCCUCCGAUCUACCCAAAGCUAGACAAAGAAUUGUGUUCUUCAGCAGCCGAACAUGAUAAGCGUUCUCACUCAGGAGCGGCUGCUAGGGGCCACACUUGGAAGCAUAUUCACGGGAAUAGUAGUUUUCGAGCAGCGAAGAAGUAUUUAUAGGUCCAUUUCAGAUACUCAGCCCCAAUCAAACUCCCAAUUUCAGGUGGGAGAGCCCAUAAUUGGAAAGGAAACUCGGUCAGAGCUUGCGCGCAUGUGGAACAAAGGUGUAGACCAGGCAUUUGAACCUGCGAUCCAGUAUCUUAGCUCCCGCGGAUGGUAGAUUUUGUGUGAUACCAUUCCCAAAUAUAUACAAUGUAUGAACACCCCUUAUUCAUACAUGUUACAACAUUGCUAACUUUGAAUCAUUUGCAUCUUAAGACAAUGGCCUUGAUUUUCAAGGAUCUAAUCUCCAUAUAUAUAAAAAAAGUGUGUACAUAACGAAAA